AUGGCAUCACAACAAGAAGAGCGAGAGAAACUCGACGCCAGGGCCAAGCAAGGCGAGACGGUGGUCCCUGGUGGCACCGGCGGCAAGAGCCUCGAAGCCCAAGAGCACCUUGCUGAAGGGAGGAGCCGAGGGGGGCAAACGAGGCGGGAGCAGCUCGGGACUGAGGGUUACCAAGAGAUGGGGAGUAAAGGCGGGCAAACCCGAAAGGAACAGCUCGGGAAAGAAGGGUAUCAAGAGAUGGGACGUAAAGGUGGGCUUAGCACCAUGGAGAAAUCGGGCAGCGAACGUGCAGCCGAGGAGGGGAUCGAGAUUGACGAGUCCAAGUUCAAAACUUCCUCUUAA